GUAUGACGCCGUUCACACCCGCACAUGCCUGACACUCUGGGCCCCACCUGAACUCGACGCCUCUUUCCCUCUCAUCUCCCUCUCCCACCUCUUGCUUCUCGCACUCGCGUUCGUGUCGGCUCGCACCGGAGAUCGGGGGAGGGAGGUGGUGGACUGGUGGUUGUUGCCCCGUCGGCGGCGAGGCUCGGGGCCUAGGGUCCCCGGGCUCGGAUCCGCGGCCUGGCCGAUGGGAUCCGAAGGCUUCGUGGCCGCGGCGGCCGCGUGCCCGGCCGCCGCCGAGGCCUUCGCCAAGUACUACGGUAUUGUGUCAGGAGGUACAAAUGUGAAGGCAAGACAAGGAUUGGUUGAACUUUCACAAGCUAUAGAUGGAAUCAAAGGAAUGAGAGAUGCAAUAUUUGCAGAUGUCCCAAAUCUGAUGCCAUUUAUUGAUUUGGAGGAUACAUGCCUAUUCAGUUGCUUCUACGACUUCGUCUUCUUCAUCUGUCGUGAAAAGGGGCAAAAGAGUAUCACCAUUCAGAGAGCUGUAGCAGCAUGGAAGAUUGUUCUAAAUGGAAGGUUCCGGUUGCUUGAUCGAUGGUGUAAUUUUGUUGAGAAGUACCAACGUCACAACAUAUCUGAGGAUACCUGGCAGCAGUUGCUAGCUUUCAGCAGGUUUGUAAAUGAAGACCUGGAAGGUUAUGACCCGCGAGGUGCAUGGCCUGUUCUGAUUGAUGAUUUCGUGGAGCAAAUGCACAGAAUUUAUCACUCCACCGACUGCAGCAGUGCUAUGGAAUCACAAUGUACCAUUUCCAGUACAUUUAAAGGACUGGAUCUUCUACCUGGAUCAAAGAGGAAAUGUCCUCCUCACUUUAGGUCCAAUGAGGAGGAUGUAGAGCUUUCAGAUAGUUUUACACGCUCUGUCCAUCUUACACCAAUAAAGCGACUUAAGGAAAGUCAUGGCACUAGUUAUGGAGUGGGGGAAUCCCACAAAGGUACCCAUUUCUCUGAUAGUUCCUCAGACUACCGUGAGGAUACAAAUUUGCACAACCCAAGGGGCUGUCUUCAGAACUCGCCUUGUAAUGUUGAGGAUGCCCUGUCAAAAGGGUUCGAGGGUUGCAUUUCAAUGAAAUGCUCCUUCUGAUAUAUAACCAAGAAUGCAUAGGUUAGUCAUUUUGUGGCAGCCCAUAAACUGCAUAUAUUCCCAACUUCAGUGCCACUAUCAUCCUGUGUGUAUUUAAUCAAUUUUUUCAGAGGUGAUAUUAUUCUUCUGAGCUCGAAUGAUGCUGUUGUCUCACUCGUGAAUCGUGAUGAUGUGCGAUUCACAUAUAUUUUUUAACAUUUUUCCUACAUUGGAUAUUAAUUACUAUAUCGGUGUGAUGAAGGCAAUUGCAACUGAGCUUUCUUGACAGCA